CCUCCUCCUUCCCUUUUCCUUCUCUCGCAAGGCCAGUCUCUAGCAACAAGGACAUCGUCACUACAGGACGCCACAGAGAGCAAUGUCUGACCAGGUGUACCUGCUGUACGGAAAGACCGGCUGGUUGGGCGGGAAACUCACUACCCUCCUCAGGGCGCAGGGGAAGACGGUGCACCUUGCCGACUCCAGGCUCGAGAACCGAGAGAGCGUACUUAAAGAGCUUGAAACGAUCAAGCCGACCCAUGUCCUCAACGCCGCCGGUGUGACGGGGCGGCCAAACGUGGACUGGUGCGAGAGCCACCGCCCAGAGACGGUCCGGGCGAACGUUAUCGGCACGCUCAACCUGGCGGACCUGUGCUCGAGCAAGGGUAUUCACUGCACAAUAUACGCCACCGGGUGCAUUUACGAAUACGAUGCCGAACACACGAUCGGGGGAAAGGGUUUUCUCGAGUCCGACGCACCCAAUUUUAAGGCGUCCUUCUACUCGGACACCAAGGGUAUGGUGGAGAACAUGUUGAGGGUGUUCCCCAACGUGUGUAUCCUGCGAGUGCGAAUGCCUAUCUCGGAUGACCUGAGCCCGCGCAACUUCAUCACCAAGAUCGUCAAGUACGACAAGGUGGUGAACAUCCCAAACUCCAUGACGGUGCUCACAGACCUCCUGCCGGUGUCGCUGGUAAUGGCGGACAAAAGGUUGGAGGGGGUGUACAACUUCUGUAACCCGGGAGCGAUCAGCCACAACGAGAUCCUGGAUAUGUACAAGGAGUACAUUGACCCUUCGUACACCUACACUAACUUCACGGUUGAGGAGCAGGACAAGAUUUUGGUCGCGGGCCGAUCGAACAACACCUUGGACGUGUCGAAGAUGGUAAAUGCUCUCCCUGAGAUGGAAAUCAAAGAGAUCCACGUCGCGAUGCAGGGGGUGUUCAAGAGAAUGAAAGAGAACCUCACAGCGGAGGGCAUCAUCCCCGACAAGCUGCCUAAGCGCUCGUGAAACAGCAAACCAUAAAUCAAUAGGAUGCUAAUAGCAGGCAGCAGCCAAAGUUGGGAAGCAGGUAGAGAAUUGUUUCCCUGGCGGAAGCAUGCAUUCGAUAUUUGUGCGUCUUGAAAUUGCGUGAGAGGACAACUGUUCGAGUCUCUCUGUUUCUUUCAUCCUCGAGAGCAUGUUUUAUUGACAAGCGUGAUUCGAGGUGGCCAAAAUCUGUAACCCAGUUGAUAUAUCUCUACACAUGCCUAUCUUCUUCGUAGCUCGCACCCGUUUAUGGUAGAGCGGGGGAACAUCAUGAUCCCCAACGUGCCCCUGUGGACCCAGGCGAUUGAAAGUGACUGAAUUGUUGUUGUUGUUGUUGUUGUUUC